AUGGAAACAGAAGUUUUAUCAUUACACUAUGCCAGUAAACGUGAACGUUUCUUUGCAAUAAUCAUAUUUUCGUUAAUGCUCAUAUCUUUUAUUGUUCAUUUGUGCGUAUUUUCUAAUAUUCUUUACAAAAAUAUUGCUUAUGGAUAUGAUCAAACUGAAAUUUCAAAAAGCAAUGGAACUAAUCAAUCAAUAUUAAAGAAUAAUAAGAAUGUUGAUGAUUUAAUUGAUACUAUUCUUCUUCCAUUUUUUUGUGUAAUGGCUCAUUUAAUAUGGACAAUUGUUCCUAUGGUUGUUCUUGAUCGAUGUUGUAUAUCAAAUAGAACAUCAAUUUAUCGAAUAUUAUUAAAAUUAUUUAUUUGUACAUGUCCAUCAUUAAUUUGUAACGAAUUAAGUAUUCUAUUUGUUUGUCAUCCUAAACUAUUGAUAAAUGAUCUAUUAAUAAUAUCUAUUAAAUGGUUAAUAUUCAUUGCCACAAUUUUUAUUUGUUUUUGGACAGGAAUUCUUAGUGAUAUUAACAAAUGGCGUGGUAUUCAUGGAGGACAAAUAGCACCUAAACAAUAUUCCUCAUUAUAUCUUUUUGAUAAUUAA